CAGUAUGUUAUGGAAUAUUGCCCAUGUACAUCCAUACGGAGUGUGGUGGCCGAGUCUUGCAGUAGCGCUCAAACGUGUGUGACCAAGUGAUUUAUGUAAAACAAAAGCUAAUUAAUUAACGGAUUUAUCAUUAAUGUGUGAAAUUUAAAUCAUUUGCAACGUAUGUUCGGGUUGAAUCUGAUAACUCAAUUUUGAAGCAGAUAAUUUCAACCAAUUGAGUUGAUAUCCUAAUAUUAUCUAUAACUGCCAAAAAAUAAAAUGUUUGAAGACUGCUUUAAAGUCAGCCUGCCAGUACUAAUGACAGCAGUUGUGAUUUUAUCGUCGUUGUUAUAUUGGCAAUACUGGCGAUGGACGCACAGACGGAUGUUGGAACUGGCCAAGCUGGUGCCCGGACCCCCGGCUCUGCCUAUCAUCGGCAAUGCACUCAUCUUCAUGACAAAACCUGAAGAGCAACUAAAGAAGAUUGCUGGUAUCUUGGACAUGUACGGGCAGUACGCAAGGGUUUGGCUCGGCCCUGACCUGAAUAUCGUUGUGAAGAAUCCGACUGAUGUCAGGUUGUUGCUGACAAGUAACAAAGUGAACCAGAAGGGUCCACUUUACGACUUCAUGAAGCCGUUUAUCGGCCCAGGGAUACUCACUGGAGGUCCUAGCUGGCGCAAUCACAGGAAGAUAGCGAAUCCGUCAUACAGCAAGAAGUCAGUGCACCAUUACACGGAGACGUUCAACAGAGAGGCUACGGAGCUGGUCAAGGUGCUUCUGGGGAAAGACCCGGGGGUCACAUUCGAUUUGUACUCCGACAUGGUUCAAUGUACCACGCAGUGUGUUUGCCAGACGCUCAUGGGACUAUCCAAGGAAGAUUCUCAAAAUGUUCUUCUUAUGGAUGACGUGGUCCAGGAUACUCAAAGAAUCUACGACAUGUUAUUCAAAAAGAUGACGCGGUGGUGGUUGCAGAUACCAUUCAUAAACUGGCUCUCCGGGAACCUUCACAAAGAGAAACAGAUCUUGAGAAUGCUGGACACAUUCACAUCAGACAUCCUGCAGAAGAGACGGAGGGCUUUGAAGGUUGAAGAUCUUGGUGAGGAUGUCAUGGGGAUUGUCGAUAGGUACAUCUUGAGCGGGGAGCUGACGGACCAGGAGAUCAAGUGGGAGACGUUCACCCUGUUUACCACUAGUCAAGAAGCGUCUGCUAAAAUAGCGAGCGGUGUGCUUCUAUUUUUAGCGUAUCUUCCUGAAUGGCAGGAUAAAGUCUACAACGAAAUAGUGGAGCUAUUGGGAGCUGAAGAUGAGCCAGUGACGGAGAAGCAGGUGAAGGAGCUGCAGCAUCUCGACAUGGUCUUCAAGGAAACCCUUCGAUAUUUCUCUAUAGCCGCCAUGACGCAGCGCACUGUGGAGGAAGAAAUUACUAUAAAUAAUGGAAAGAUAACGCUACCAGCGGGCACAUCCCUAGUGAUCCCCAUCCACGAGAUCCACCGCGACCCUCAGUACUGGGACGAGCCACUGAAGGUCAAGCCCGAGCGGUUCUUACCCCAAAACAUCGGCCACCGGGACCCUAACGCCUUUGUGCCGUUCAGUCUUGGCCCUAUGGACUGCUUGGGUCGCGUAUACGCCACGGCGCUCAUAAAAAUUAUCGUAGUGGUGAUCCUGCGAGCCGUGCGAGUGGAGGCCCGGGGCUCCCCGCACGACCUCCCGCUCAACGUGGCCAUCUCCGUCAAGCCUGCGGGCGGCUACCUCCUCACGGCCAGGCCCAGGAGGACCACCAACGGUCUGCAUAGGAGCUUGUAGACCACAGAGAUACUAAUAUAUGUUUUACAUUUUUAUACAGAUUAAUAUUCUUUAAAUUAAUUAGUAUUGGUUUUUCAAAUAAAGCUUUAUGACUGUUAAAUAUUUUUA